AUGUUCAUGCAACAGCACUUCUUUCAGCAUCUGGAAAGGAUGUACGGAUCAACGCAGGCGCUUGGACGGGAAAGCGAUAGCGUCUGGGUCUGCAAGUUCUUCGUUAUCCUGGCUUUAGGCGAGCUGUAUUCUACCACGCUCACCGCUGCAAAGGAGGCAAGCGCAUCGACUGUGGCCGGAACUGGGUACUUCCUCACCGCUGUAGAGCUUUUGCAAGAUGUAUUCGAAGAGCCUUCAAUCGACCAGAUUGAAACACUACUUCUUUUUUCCUUUUACUCGAGAGCGCUCGGUCGUGUCAAGUCCUCGCACAUGUACAGCGGCAUGGCAUUACGCUCAAGCACUGUUAUCGGCCUCCAUCGCCGCGCCGCAGAAUCUUCUGCCCUUUCAGCCAUAGAGCAGGAGCAUCGUUGCCGACUGUGGUGGACUGUGUAUAUCUUUGACCGUUCGACUUGCUCCAAGCUUGGUCUGCCCAUCACGAUCCAAGACUCCGAUAUCGAUGUCACGAUGCCUUCCAUCAACGGUCUAUCUCCGAUUGAGCAGAAAUUCUUAGGGAGUUCUACAGAUCACCUCGUUGCGCACAUAAAUCUUGCCCAGGUCACAGGAUAUAUCAUGGAAGACAUCCAUGUCUCCUUAUCCAAAGCCAACGGCGAUGAUUAUGUUCAGAAUAUUCGCUCGAUUUUGGGGAAGUUGAGAAAAUGGGAUAGCCAUGUUCCAGCUCGAUUAAGAUGGGAUCCUGCCGGCGGAGUCCCUCGACCAGUGGCGUCUUUGCAACUACACUUCAACCAAUGCAUCAUCUUGACAACGCGGCCUAUCCUUCUCUAUGUCUUCAAACUCAAAAAUCCAUUCGCCGGCGCCGGGGCUGGUCUCUACGGCAGCAGCGGCAGUCAGACACCACCAAUAUCGGAUCACAUACGAUCGCUCGCCGAUUCCUGCGUCGCCGCCGCUCGGACAUCCAAUGCCAUUAUUGUACAGCUUUUCAUUGAGAACGCACUUGCCACUUGUGGCUAUUUUGAUGCCUAUCAUUUGUUUUCCUCAACACUCGUACUAAUUGUAUCUGCUAUCUCAUCACCAAACGCGAGCGAUUCUGAUGCUGUUCAGACGGCGUUCCAGCUCCUAAUAAUGAUGCGCGAUAGCGGCAAUGUCAUUGCCGGAGAGUACUUUGCUCGAUUGCUGCAGAUCCAGAGAAGAGUCAACCAGCUGUUUGCGCGGGCCACAGCGACUCGGGAUAUCACGCCGGCUCCCGGGGGCGUUGGAGUCGGGGCAGGGAUGGGAGAAGGAGGAGAGAUUGAAUCAGAAGCUGACGGGGGCAGAGAGCGCGAAAGAGGAGAGGUGGGCGAGAAUAGUGAUCAAGAGAGGUUUACGGGUACCUUGUCCUCGCUCGGUAUACCUCGUACGGGUAUAGCUGUUUUGGAUGAGUAUGACUGGAGUAAGUUUAUGUUCCCGCCAGGGUUUGGCGGUAAUUAUAGGGGAGAGGUCAAUGUUGACCCGUUGGACAACCCACUUUUGCAAGCCUUCCUCGAUCAUACGGAUGGCAGUCAGAACGAAAUCAACCUUAUAGGUGCGGAGCAUAUUGAUUUUUUAAUCUAG